GUAGAGCGACGUAGACGAAAUUCCAACGUGGCAGACAAAAAGAAAAAGAAAACAAUCGAGGAGCGUGAGUGUGAAUCUUUGUUCUCCGUAUGCAGCACGACGAUUUAACAAUUUGUGCGCAUCCUGUAUCCUAUGGACAUGAUCCCCCGAUCGAUUUACCGGUACUACGACCCGUAGGCAAGAAAUACCCCACUGUGCGGCGCAGGCAGUUACGUCAAGGUAGAACGGAGAAGCGCUAACCCCGGCGGAGCAGUAUUGAGAAAUCGCUUGCGACACACGCUUGGGGCAGCUUUUUUACUUAGCCCGCGGCGUCGGCCACGGCACGUUGUCAUGUCGACGCCGCAGCGGUACGAUAUCAGCACUUCGAAGGACGUGCAGCAGUUCAGUAUUGGCACCGAACACUACGACUUAAACAGUUUUCCCAAUUCCGAGCAAAAACUCGCUCGAGGUCAUCAAGCGCAGCCACACAAUUCAUGCGUGGAUCCGUUUCAGUGACAACACGGAGUUAGAAGCACUGUCGCUCUGAUUGAGUUUUGUUGCAGAACGAACCGCCCGAUAGUGCGCAAUUGUGGUGGUCGUCUUGCUCGUGCUUUACAUGAUACACUACAUCUGUUGAUUUCCUUGCAUAACCGUUCCUGGUAUCGCAACAGCAACCACAAUAAAAGGCAUUUACGUCCUGACUUCACUUGCUCGUUUAUGUUAAAUGCUCUACACGAUGUGUGGAUGAUCUUGAUCCCGUGCUGACGGUCGGCCUACGGAAUUGUUCCGUUUUGCAUCGAUAAUUAGAAUUUACCCUCCCAGUCGCCAAUGUACCCGAACACGCAGCAAUUUACCAACCCGAGUGCUGCUCAGGCCGCAGGUCCGCCGAGCACCAUGCCGGGCUUGCAGAAUUACAACUAUGGCAGUAGUACGAGCAACAGACACGCGUCGGUGGGGCCGAGCACCUCCGCGCGAGGGCGAGCUGUCGAGUCAAGCAGCGGGAGCGAUCAACAGCGAUCGCGGUCGGCGGUUUUACCAAAGACGGAUGGGAGCCUGCUAAACAACAAGCAAGUCGUGCUUUAUGGUCAGGGCAAAACUUUUCGGCACCCGCGGGUCAGUGAAAUGCUCUGCUUCCCAUUGAUUGAUUUUACCGUCGCGCGCGUACACUGCAACUGCAUGUGCAUCAUCUGCAUCUGGUGCAGUAGAAUGUGAAUGCUUUCUAGAAAUUCUCGACAUGCAAACUAGUGAGUCGUAGUCCGGGAGGUCGGCAUGACAUUUUUAGGAUCCUCAUUUUCAUCACGGUCGUGUUGCGUCUGUCUACAUGGUGUGCUCGAGCGCAAUAAGUUGAGAUUGUGAUUGUCGUGUAGACUACCCACAGUGGUCCGCAGGCCAAAAAAAAACGCGUCUCUCAUCUCCAAGCUUGACAAGAAAAGGUGACCGAGACCGAGGCUCCGCAGAAUAGUUUUGCCAGGAUAUGUGUGGAAAGAACCAAGUUGGGCUUCGAAUAACGGAUAUUGCCGGCUUCGACAGCCGACAGAUGAUGUUUCUCGUAUCCAGGAAAAAACACCCAUCCCCAUCCAUUUUUUGCAUGGCAAAUAGUGGAUUUUAUACAUGUUUUGCAUGACAAAUUGGAUGGGGAUGGGUGUUUUUUCCUGGAUAUCUCGGCCAUGCCAAAUACAAGCUCGUCGUGGAGGCGUGGCCACUUUUGGCCGACGAACGAAACGCCGACCGAAACGCGAUGGCUACCAUAUCAACUGUAAAAAUGUCUGGGUCUGGAAACUUGUGAUGCUGGUUGGCGUAUCAUGAGGAGGCCACAAGUGCUCGCUCAGCAUGACAAGUUUCUGAGGUUCUAGGUGUUGCCUAUUCUGCAUGACAAACUGCGUUUCUGCAUGACAGAAAAAUGGCGCUCUAGGGUAACGUGCAUGACAGAUUUGAGAGUCAUGCCAGACAAGCAUGACAAACAUGCAAUUCUUCCAGACCCAGACAUUUUUACAUUUGAUAUACCAAUUUUGGGGACAACAAUGACUUGCUAAAGGUGCCUGUCGCGAGUUCGGCAACGUCGAAACCGGGCAAUCAGCUGGAUUUCUCCGAUGAAGUUUUGGUGAUCGAUAGCCCGGAUCGCUUUUCUCACUUUGAGCUGGCACUAGAAGAGGAGGGCUUUUUCAGCACCGAAGCCGUUGUCAAGACGCCCAAGCUAUCAAAUGCAAAUAUCAUGUAGUCUGGAAGCGAAACACCAACACGGCAGAGCGAGGUUUGUCAUGCAGCUUUUGCAUCACCAACCUAGGAGAAGGAUCGAACCCAGGUGUGCAGCAUGGAUGCCUUCAAAAUCACAUGUUUUCUCACUGAAGAGUUCUUCAGUGCUUAUUCCGAGCUAGCUCUAGCUGGUGCAACUCGAUCUUGGAUUGAAAUCAGGAGAGCAGCUUUUGCUCUCCAUGCAUGAGUGACAUUUUUAAGCGUGACAGAAAGAACGCAUGGAUAUACGAGUUAGCACCUUUUCAGCAGUCCCGGAAAUAUUUGUAACCCAUAGAAGUUUGACCUGCAACACUCCGACCUGGUACUCGGGCAGCCUGUCAAGGAGUAUUUCAUGGACGCAAAGUCCGGUCGGAAAACGCCGGCCAGUGUGUCUUUCACCAUGAUGAAAGGCGGCGUGGACCCUCUUUCCAGUACGGUCUUGCAAUCGAGUCGAGGUCCAAGCCGGAUUGCGGUACUGGAUCUAAAGGUGGUGCAAGACCUGCCACAUGUGGACGCUUUGGACAGGUGAGAGUAACAAGGUCAUGGUAUGCAGUAGGAGUAGUUGCAGCAAGACAACCAUCAGUCGUGUCACUUUAGUUCAUCUGCACUGGCAGUUUUGUGCACUGAAAGUGACCAUGACCAAAAACAAAAAAUACUGCGAAGAACAAUUUUUCCUGUCAAUACAUUUCAGGAGUGGCCUGAUCGACAUCCGGGUGCAGUCGGCGGACGGAAAGAAAACGCUUGAAGUGCUAGGGCCCUUUCUGACAACGCCCAUCCCGGGUGCGCUCCACCUGCGGAAAGCGGACAUAGGUCAGUGUUUCCGGGUGCCAAGGAUCCCUGUGGACGCGAAACCAGGACAGUCUGCGGUGAUCAAUGUCCGGCUGCAAAUCAGCACGUCCGUGGUGACGACCGGAAAGCACGGCGAGCAGCACCACCACCAGCCGCAUACUUUGGGAACCACCGACGUCUUUCCCAUAGACCGCACUCCGAUUGCGCGAACGCUGAAGCUGGAUCGCGGGGGCAUGGUCGUGCUACACUUUGUACUAAAUGCGGAACAGCCCGCUAUGGACUUGGAAACCACCUUGCUGCCUGGCUCCCUGAACUCACUUACCCAAAUCGUCGGCGCAACAAGUGGCGCAGCAGUGGCUCCACCUGUCGUGUACUAUGCGAAUGAAUAUUGUUCAUCGUGUUUUGUAGUUCUUGAUCCAGGAGCAACUCGAGCCUUCAAAAAUCUACACUCUGCCCUUAAGUAAAAGUGAAGGGGCGCUCCUGAUUUAAUUUAUACUAUUUUCAGCUCCACGUGUUGUUCAAACUUGCUCUUGCUGAGACUGGGAUUUACUUCCUUCCAUUUUUUGUGCAGCACCUUUCUCCUUGUCUUCAGUGGAGCGAAAUCAUGUAUGUUGCUUCGUCCACACUUAUACAUUGAUGUUCGUGCGAUAUAAUAAUUCGUGUCCCACAUCACGACUGACAGCGCCCAACCUCCCGGCUCCGACCCCGCCAUCAUGGGGAAGAACCUUGUCCGGCUGGACAACGCCAAACUACAGCUACUCGCAGCGCACGGUCAGGAGCGCGCGCUGGAAAAGGGCAUCGAGGGCCGGAAGAUUGUGGACAAAACCACCCUGAAGGUUUCGAGCGGGUGGCGCGAAUGGGACAAUUUGGACGACUUGUUUUCCAGUCUGGGCUAUGGAUUGCAAAAGUGUCUGGGUCUGGAAGAGUGCGCGAUUUGUCAUGUGGCUUUUCCAUGACCCAUGAGGUCUGGAAUGCAGGACCUAGCAUGACAGAUUCUGUGCGAUCUCUCUCAUGCCUAUCCUGCAUGAGAAACUCUCUCCCGACUUGGUCAAAACUGGACGACUUUUGGUAAUCAUGCAACACAGAUUUUUGCAUGCUUCAGAUUUAGCAUGACAAGUUGCAUUCUUCCAGACCCAGACAUUUUUACAUUUGAUAUGGGCACGCAUCCAGUGGUCCAGUCGGACGUGUACAAUCAUUUGGUCGUCCGGAGCACGGUGCUAUCAAAUGUAAAAGUGUCUGGGUCUGGAAGAUUGCCACGCUUGUCUUGCACAUUUUGCAUGACUCCUGCUGUCUGUGAUGCAUGCCCUAGCAUCACAGAUUUUGUGAGAGCUUCCUGAUGCCUAUACCGCAUGACAAAAGCCCUCUCCGCGUAUCCAAAUUUGCCUCCUCUUGCUGCUCAUGCAAUACAGAUUUUUUUAGAAUCCAAAAUCAGCAUGACAAGUUGGAUUCAGAUUCUUCCAGACCCAGUCACUUUUACAGUUGAUAGGUGCUCCCCGGCGCACCAGGAGCAGCUGGAGCCGUCGCGUCGCAACAUCAGCACCAGGACCGCAACCUCCAGUUGCGAAACCGGGUGCACGCGGACAACAUGCGCAUCGGGCUGGCCGUGGAACGCGGAGCCGACUGGGACCUGAACCGGUACGGAAACGAAGACGGGGGCGGCGGCGCGAAGGGGGUGAUCACCGCCAUUAACGAAUACCAGAAAACGUGUUCCGUGGUGUGGGAGUGCAACCCGGCCCGAAUGCUCUCCCACUACCGGACGGGGAAUAUGGCGUUCUCACCUGUUACAUUCUGCUCAGCUGUUACAUGGAUUCGUGAUGCAAAAAUGGCAAAAGUGAAAGGGGUCACCUUGCGCGUCUUGCAUGACAGAUCUGGCGCAGAUUCUCAGCCUGUUUGGCUCUUCGAGAAUUUGUCAUGCGAAGCAGCUCGAUCGUGUCACUUCUGAUUGUGGUUUUGCAUUACAAAGCAUGUAACAGUUCAGAAUGUAACAUUUGAGAACGCCAUAGGGAAAGACGGCAAGUUCGACCUGGCGACCGCCGACCCAGCCGCAAAUGCCGCGGCCAGCAUGGUGGCAGCACGUCCGCUCGUGUGCAACCCUCUAGGCGCGGCAGUGGCCGCAGGCAGGGGAGCCGGAGGCGGUAAGGCUUUUGAUGAGGUUGAGGACGCAGAUGAUAUAAUUUGCAUGGUUCAUAGAUAUAUUGAAUUCAUUUUCCAUACAUCAACAGAACGACCUAACAGGCUAUCAUGAUACGUAGAAAAGAGCCUACACCUAGGCUAAAUCUGCAUAUGACGUGUGCGCAUCAACCAACAGUGACAGGGUCCGCAUUAUCGAUAUGCGUAUUCCGACAAAAGGAAUACCCCGGUGGCUGCGCGUGUGUUUCCGGCGCAGUUUCCUCUGGAAUAAAUUAGAAAAAUAUCAUCGACGACUUUCUAGUUUAUCUAAUUCUAAAGGAUAGCACAGGAAGUAAUUUUCAAUGUUUGAAUCUGCUAAAGUAGUGCCCGCGCACGCGCUGCGAGUACCAGCAUUGAUAUGUAUGAAGUGCAAACAAGAAAACGAACCAUUUUGCAGGAGGUGGCGGUGCGGAGAUGGAGAACAUCGAAUAUGUACCAUGGAAGCAGAUUGUGGACGGGGGACAACGCGAAACGCUCAAGUACGCUGCGUACAACCGCGAGCAAGAUGCAAAAGUGAGCUUCUGGGAUGCGCACCCCGGCUAUCGGAUGAAAGAAGACAUCUGGGGCCAGGUUCACAAGUUUGCGAACCCCGUGGAUGAGCAACCGAUUUUUGUGCAAAGCUGUGUGAGACAAGAAAGCUUCUGGGCAUAAAAAAAGAAUGCGGGCUCUUCUGUGAAGCUGGGCGGCUUUUUCGUGGUCGUGCAUACAACUUUUUGAUUUUGCUAGACAUAGAGAACCGAAAGAAAAAAGGCGCUUCAAUCCUCUAGGGUCCCUAGUCCGCUGCGGUCCGUGGUUCAAGGAAACAGGAUAGUGAGUCCCGCUUGAUAAAUCGGUAGUGCGACGAGGACCAACAUGGUGAAGGGCCUCGUCCUUGUUGUUUUCCAUGAAAAUCGUACCAGAGGCAGAGACGUGAAAAACCCGACUGAAGUUGCUUCUUUUAUUUUCCUUUGAGGGACAGACCGCAAACGCGUCUGUUGUUGGUUGCCCCCCCUACUUGUAGUGGUGUUCCUAACGUCGACAGUACCGCUCUCAAUUCUAUGCCACAGAGAGCGACACGGUCACGGCAAUCACCCUGAUAAAAGUCGUGAGAGACAAGAGGGACAUCUUCCCAGUUAUGUGAAGGAGGGGCGGGGCCACUCUUGCUUGCAAAUUUAAGUCUUCUGCUUGUCCUCGUGGUUUUCUUUAUAUUCCCUGCCAAGUCUAACUCUAAGUGUGACUGUGAGCGGCAGUGGUCAGUCGGUACUACGAUUUCC